UAUCUCUCACGUACUCACUCUAGCAUAUUGGCUGAAGGCCCUAGGAACCCCUUUGCGUUUAAUGAAACUAAAUAUGGAGCCUCACUCUCUGCUUCUGACGACGGGAUGCCUUCAAAUCUGCUCACAAGCCUUCUGCUCUGGCUUUUCCCACAUCGCCUUUGCUGCCUGCCCCCCUCCAUGGCAAAGACGAUCUCAGAUCUACGACAAUGCCUCCCUAUACACCGCACCUAUCUCAGGUUCCACAUGUACUAUUAUGCCUCUAAUAGUUGGGUGAUAUCGAUCUUUUGUUGUACAGCCAAGAGUAGAAUUGGAUUUGUAUCCAAUGUGGUUUCCUUUUGAUUGCCAUUGGUGGCGCCCCAGAGGUCAGCGAGGUGUGCAACUUCCUUCGCAAUGAAUGGCUGGGCUCAACAAUGGUAUUUUUCCAUUAUAUUUGCCCUUCUCAGGCAUCAGAUGGCAUGUACCUUUUCUUUUCUUUAUUAUGCUAUACAUGAUACCAUGAGAAGUUAUCUGCAUCCUCUUUUAUCUGGUUUUUAUUGUCAUAUUUUAGGCAAGUGACUCGGAGCCCAGAGACCAAUCCUAACAUCGGAUAUCCCUUCAUGAAUAAUGGCUUCCGCGAUGCUUUGAAUGAUAUCUCUUGAAACAUCUCAUAUCGUCUCAUCGUGGUGAGGUUUUGCGGAUUCCUCGUCGGUUUCUUUUCUUCUUUUUAACGGCGUAUGGACUCCACCUCAGAUCGCUACCCUUUUGACUACUUAUUACCUCCUGUUUUGGUUUCUGGAUCUCGCGAUCCAACAUCUGUGCACGUUUUAUUCUAUUCUGUUUGCGCCUCUUUGACCAUAUCUACAAUCCAGGGCAUGGGGAUCGGGACUUUUUUGGAACCAUUGGUGGUUAUUACACUGCUUGUGGGGGGAACAUGGAUCAACCGAUCAUCUGAGAUAUCCCGUCCAUUUACCCACGAUACAACAAGGCCUAGUUCGGUUACAAGUGAUGAAUUCACGGAUAAAACAGUUGGCAGCGUUGAGGAUGGGUUAUCAACGACUACCAGUACACACGAUGGAUCGAUGUCAACCCACUUGUACUGUUCCUUAUCUCCAUCUUUGCUUCUAGAUCAAGAACCGCCAUGGAGAACUCGCCAGAUUUGGUUGUGGUCAUGGAAGAGAGAGGUUAUGACGCCAAAUACAGCUAAAUAUCGGAAUCGAUGUUUCAGCAGAUUUCUUCGGAGAUUCCCGUUUUUAGUGGAAUGUUGGUACUGGACAUUGGUGUAUUGGACAUAUCAACUUGCGCGAGCCUUCACCGCGGUCACUCUUCAAGAUGCAACAGUGGACAUCGCACGAAAGCAUGCAUUACAACUCAUAAAGCUAGAGGAAAGUCUCCACAUAUUCUGGGAGCUACAUAUACAACAUUAUUUCCUCCACCACCCGAUACUACUGACUUGUACUAAUUGGCUCUACUCUUUUAUUCAUAUACCUGGAACGAUUGCUUUCCUUGUUUGGCUUUACUACUGCAGCAUCACGAGAAAUCGACCUGCAGACCGUUAUUCCAUGAAGCUCGAGGGUUAUCAAAGCAAUGUCCUUACAGGUUCAGAGCUCUAUCAAGCUCGCAGGCGGACUCUAGCAUUUUGUAACCUGCUUGCAUUUGUGGUAUUCACGCUGUGGCCGUGCAUGCCACCUCGGCUUCUUAGCGAUCGAUCAGUCACUGGGUUGGUUGGUGAGUUUUCAAGGAGCUAUGGAUUUGUUGAUACAGUUCACGGGGUUGGUGGUGCAAGCAGUGUUUGGACGCAGAACAAAUUUUGUAAUCAAUUUGCCGCCAUGCCAUCUCUACAUUUUGGAUAUUCGCUGAUGAUCGGAAUCACUAUAACAACCAUUCCGCUUCCUUCUGAGCACACUCGAUCCCGAGCCUUACUACCACAUUUUCUCAACUUUUCUCUCCCUGGCCUCGCCUCCAAAAUCCGCCCCCUAGCUUGGGAGCGCAUCGUAGCUAUUGUUGUCGGGAUUACGUACCCGUUUACCAUUCUCGUUGCGAUAGUGGCAACCGCUAACCAUUUCAUUCUCGAUGCGUUUGCCGGCGCGAUUAUCUGCGGGUUAGCAUGGUGGGGAAAUUCUGUCCUUUUAAACCUCCUUCCGUUGGAGGAUUAUCUUUUUUGGAUAUUGAAGAUUCACAAGCCAGAGCAAGGGUCUCACUGUCUACGCCCUUCGCUAGUUUUUGAUGAUUGUGAUGGAGACCACGUCAAAGAUGCUAUGAAUUACCAAAUUACGCACAAGUCCCUUUUUUGACUUUUUCAUUACGCUUUUUUGUUUUUAUUGGUUAUUCGCUCAUUGGUUAUUAUAUCCAUGCGACUAGAUAUACCAUUCGCCGCCUGUGGAUGUUUCACUCUUGUUAUUUUUGUCAGGUUCAGCAGAUUUCCUGGUGGGUGAGAAUUUGUUGGUCAGGACCUGAUACUGUAUCAUUAUCAGAAGCCCCAACAGCAACUUCUCCCCAUGUUAAUGUUGUCAUCUGAAAAUCCGACCAUGCUGCCCUGUUUCUGUGAUUCUUUUUCUGUAUGCCUGGCUGAUGUAUAGUAUUUCUUGUUAGUCCUAGGAUAUGAUGCCACCCUUUUCAUUGUUCUUCUCUCAAUUGACGUGUUUGCUCCACUGUCUGGAAACGAAAUGACUGCCACAGAGCACCGCUUGUUCUAUACAGGUUUGGUUAUCUUUUAAUCAUGUCAGCUAGGUGCGUGAUGCGCACAGUUCGGGGAUUUCUUGUGUGUCUUGGAAAAAGAAGGGGGAAAAAAAACAUCAAAACCUAAAAAGUUCAACGGCUCGUUUUCUCCUGUGAGAGUUUUUUUCCUACGGCAGAAAUUCCUCCCCCACCACCUCCUGGCGCCUGCUGCUUGCUGCCCGGUGCUCAAAUUCGUACCCGGAUACGACCUGAUUGAUUUCCCUUGAGGUACCCCACACUGGCAGGGGUCGGGAUCUGGUAUGGCAAGCCUCUCUCGAGCACCAAGCAAGGCAAGAGGAUGGAUGGAUGGAUGGACAGUUCGCGGGAAGGAGGUGGAUGUAACUUGGUGAUCCUUUUCGCUUCUGCUUGGUUUGGCUAUGUAGGUUUUAUUUUUAUUUUUAUUUUUUUCAAAGUCUUGAUACCCUCCACGUUGCUAGGAUGAAGAAUGAGCGGGAAAGGAGAAAUGAGGAUGGGAAGAGAAAUGGAGGAAGAAGGGAAGGGAAGGGAAGAUGUGGAAUAAAUUCCAAAUGUCUUGUCAUCUUUGAGUUAAGGCUACCUUGGUAAGGUCGGUCGGUGGUAGAAGACGUUCAUGGGUGAGGGAGUUUCUUUCCCAGCUGGCUGCUAGUAGUCUUUGUCUGCACCAUUUUUCAUUCAGCGAACAAAAAUCGGGCGGCGUGCUCCAUGCGCGUAUUCGCACGUCCUGUUCUGGAAAAUGCCACGGCCAAAUCGUAGUAACCAAACUACAAGCAGCUUGUAUUUUUUCGAUUCAGACGAACGAAGAGCUCAGACGGUUGUUAGAUAUGUUUUUGAUAACUCUGGUUUGAGUCUGUUAUUUUGUUUUAUUUAUUUCUUAUUUAUUUAUUAAAUGAAACACUUAUUGU